GUAGUUCCGUUUCCGGUGUAAACAAACAAGCCAAUAUGGCGACUUACCCGGUCAAAAAGAAGAGACAUGACAAACUUCUGCUGGCAGAAAUGAGCGUUUGUGAACACUGGACACAAUAUACGACACAAUGACUGAACCGAGAAGUGAGCGGAGUUUAGUUCGCUACUUCUGCACCGCCGGUAACGGGAUGGAGCGUUUCUUAGUUGACGAGGUGAAGAAGAAGCUGGCGGCUGAAGACGUGUGUCAGAUGCCAGGUAAAGUGUUGUUCAGCUCCUCUGCAAAGAUCGUCAGAGUCAGUGAGCUGAAGGCUGCAGAGAGACUCUUCCUCCUGUUGAAACAAGACUCACCUGUGAGGCUGUCAGGCCACACCAACCCAGCAAAGGCGGCCUCUGUGUUGCAGUCCAGACUUUUGGGUGACAUAAAUGAAUGGACCAGUGCUGUAAUGACAUGGAGUCGCCUGCAGGGGGAGUUGGCAGGAAGGAGAACCACUGUCAACAUAUCAAGCACUUUCCUGGAAGGGAGGAAGAGGGAGGAGGGCAGAGAGAGCGAAGAACAGAGGAGAGAGGAGGAGAAGUGCGAUGAGGAGUUCCGAAAAAGUACAGGAGAGCAGAGGGAGGAGGAGAGUGGAGACGGGAGGUUGAGAUGUGCAGUACAGACUAGCAGAGAGACCUGUGGAGUUGAAGCCCAGACACUGGAGAAAAAAAGAAAGAGGGAUGAUGAAGAGGAGGCAAGUAGUGGCAAAAAUGUAGAGAAACAGAGGACAUCUGAGAGAGCAAUAAUGAGAGAGGAUGAUGAAGAGGGGAGGAGGGUGGUUAUGGAAUUUGUCAGCUGUAUACAAAAUGGAGAGAAAGAAAUGAUGUCAGAAACAGAUUUGUAUGGCAAAGGAUCAGUGUGUAACCACGCAACACCAGGACUAGACCACGAUGUGGAAAGUAGCAGCUGGAAGAUAGAUGACAUGACAGAGGACUGUGCUGUGGAAAAUGUGGUACAUGUGAAGACCAACAGAGGAGGAGAUAAGACACUACUGCAGCCCAGUAGGAACAAACCAGAGCCGCCGUCGCUGUCGCCGCUGCCUUCUUCUGUCCCGGCUUCCUUCAGGAUCAGCUGCAAGUGUACUGGAUCUCUGUCCCGAUACCUCAGCAUACAGGAGGUGAGCAAAGUUAUCGGAGCAGGUCUGAGCAGACUGUUGGGCUGGAAGGUUGACCUGAAGAAUCCACAGCUGGAGGUUGCUGUUAACUUGAGUGAUGACCACUGCCUGUUGGGGAUACCACUGACCAGGUUACCUCUGGCUAACCGGAGCUACAUUAAAACCACAGGACUGAGGUCUACAGUAGCCUGGGCUAUGGCCUCGCUGGCUCAGAUACAGUCAGGUUCCUGUGUGGUUGACCCAAUGUGUGGGGUGGGAACCAUCUUAAUAGAAGCAGCACAGGAACAUAAGGAUGUCUGUUUCCUGGGUAUGGACAUUGAUGACGGACAGCUGCAGAAAGCCAAUGAGAACAUAGUGUUUGCAGAGCUGGGAAACAGGAUACACCUGCUGAAAGCUUCAUCCAUGGUGCUGCCUCUGCCCAGUGCCAGUGUAGAUGCUGUCGUUUGUGACCUGCCAUUUGGCAGGAAGUUUGGCACCAAAACAAACAUGGCAGCCAACUUGCCACUCAUCCUCACUGAGAUGGAGAGAGUCCUCUGUUUUGGUGGUACCCUGGUUCUCCUCCUGAGUCCUCAGUUGUCCUGUCUCCUGAAGAAACUCCUGGCGCAGAAAGGCACAGGACCAACAUCUAACCAGGAAACUGAGCCUCAAACUAGGAAACAAGACUGUCCAUUUUCUCCUCUGUCUUCCUCAAAACAGCAGACUUUCCAAAGCUUCCAGGGUGUCAAAUCAUCUUCCACCCAGGAAAAAGAUCCUCAGACUGGGCUACAACACAGUCUGUCUCCCCUUCUCUCCUCACUGAAGCUCCAGGCGACUCUGAGAGUCAGCUUAGGCGCGAUAGAUGGACUCAUCCAUAAAUAUGUCAAGACAGACACUUGAUCAGUGUAAUGAGCAAUUUCUCUUUGUUACUUAUCAUGAAAAAUAAGCAGUUGUGUUGAAAUGCCACACUGUAUUAGAAAUACUUUGUGACAUGUAUCUUUUGUUCACCUACUGUUCUUUAAUUGCAAAUAAAUUAUAUUUUUUUGAAAC